AAUACGAGGCGUCCAACUUUUUUCAUGGCCAUGCAAACUAACACGAGUUGGCAACACUCAAAUGUGUCACUUUUGUGAAGCCACAUGGUUUAUGUCCCGUUGAAGUGUGUUUCCCCUCCCAGUUUCCGAAGAAUUGGCUCUUUUGACGAAGACGUGUCGCGUUCAAGCCACAGUGACUUUUCGUAAGUUUUCAGAAUUUCAACUGUCCCAGAGAGAAGACCCAUCUCCCCUGCAGUCCCAGAGAGAAGACCCAUCUCCCCUGCAGUCCCAGAGAGAAGACCCAUCUCCCCUGCAGUCCCAGAGAGAAGACCCAUCUCCCCUGCAGUCCCAGAGAGAAGACCCAUCUCCCCUGCAGUCCCAGAGAGAAGACCCAUCUCCCCUGCAGUCCCAGAGAGAAGACCCAUCUCCCCUGCAGUCCCAGAGAGAAGACCCAUCUCCCCUGCAGUCCCAGAGAGAAGACCCAUCUCCCCUGCAGUCCCAGAGAGAAGACCCAUCUCCCCUGCAGUCCCAGAGAGAAGACCCAUCUCCCCUGCAGUCCCAGAGAGAAGACCCAUCUCCCCUGCAGUCCUGACGGUAUCCCAGAGUUCCACCAGAUCCUCUCCUGUUGUCACUGCUGCCUGUAGCUGACACUCUGCAAACAUAGGACCUGUUGGAUUAUGGACUGUUAACAGACCUACAUUACUACACACCAGGUGAGCUGUUACUAUAGUAACCACCAAUCAUGGGGAAGCAGAACAGCAAACUCCGCCCUGAGGUGAUGCAGGACCUGCUGGAGAGCACGGACUUCACAGAGCAUGAGAUCCAGGAGUGGUAUAAGGGCUUCCUGAGAGACUGCCCCAGCGGGAACCUCUCCAUGGAGGAGUUUAAGAAGAUCUACGGUAACUUCUUCCCUUACGGAGACGCCUCCAAGUUCGCAGAGCACGUCUUCCGCACCUUCGACGCCAACGGGGACGGGACCAUAGACUUCCGGGAGUUCAUCAUCGCUCUGAGCGUCACGUCGCGGGGCAAGCUGGAGCAGAAACUGAAGUGGGCCUUCAGCAUGUACGACCUGGACGGGAACGGAUACAUCAGCAAGUCUGAGAUGCUGGAGAUCGUACAGGCGAUCUAUAAGAUGGUGUCGUCAGUGAUGAAGAUGCCAGAAGACGAGUCUACUCCAGAGAAGAGAACAGAGAAGAUCUUCAGACAGAUGGACACCAACAGAGACGGUAAACUGUCUCUGGAAGAGUUCAUUAAAGGGGCUAAAAGUGACCCCUCCAUCGUGCGUCUGUUGCAGUGUGACCCCAGCAGCGCUGGGCAGUUCUAAACCGCCCUACCUUGGGGGUCAAGACAAUUUCUUAUUUGGGUGAAUCCAAAUAGCCCCUCCCCCCCUCCACCUUUUGGAGCAAACUGAUGAAGAAGACAAGCCUUCAAAUGAUGACACUGAAGACAACGGGCCAAUGAGAGCCAGCCAUGUUCUCCAGACUCCUCCUCCUCCUCUAACCACUCCCAGCAGCAACCUGACAACAUCUCCAGGCUCUCAUGAUCCCAGUCACUCGCCGUGUAUUCGAUAAGUCCUAGGGUUUACGUCCCAAAUCACACCCUGUUCCCUGUAUAGCAGUACCUUAAGCCCGGUAGGCCCUGGUCUGCAGUAGUGCACUACGUAGGGAAUAGGAUGCCGUUUGAGACCUAUCCCAUCCUGUUUUAAGGUUGUAGACUGGACUCUCUGUUUGGUUCUCAACGCUCCGUACUGGACACACCCACUGCCCUCAACUAGGUCCUCCUAGCUCUUGUGUGUAUCGUAAACAGAGAGAGAGAGAGAGAGAGAGAGGGAAUGAGAGAGAGAGAGAGAGGGGGAGAGGGAAUGAGAGAGAGAGAGAGAGAGAGAGAGAGAGAGAGAGAGAGAGAGAGAGAGGGAAUGAGAGAGAGGGAAUGAGAGAGAGAGAGAGAGAGAGAGGGAAUGAGAGAGAGAGAGAGGGAAUGAGAGAGAGAGAGAGAGCGGGAAUGAGAGAGAGAGAGAGAGCGGGAAUGAGAGAGAGAGAGAGAGCGGGAAUGAGAGAGAGAGAGAGAGCGGGAAUGAGAGAGAGAGAGAGAGAGGGAAUGAGAGAGAGAGAGAGAGAGGGAAUGAGAGAGAGAGAGAGAGAGAGAGAGAGAAAGAGAGAGAGAGAGAGAGAGAGAGAGAGAGAGAGAGAGAGAGAGGGAAUGAGAGAGAGGGAAUGAGAGAGAGAGAGAGAGAGAGAGGGAAUGAGAGAGAGAGAGAGGGAAUGAGAGAGAGAGAGAGGGAAUGAGAGAGAGAGAGAGGGAAUGAGAGAGAGAGAGAGAGCGGGAAUGAGA